AUGGCAUUUGGUCUUCACUGGCUGUUGUUAAUGUUUGGGAUCAGUGGACUCAUAACUGGAACUUGGGCUUUUGCCAUAAAAAGAGAUGAAGAUUGCCCACCAGGCUGGACUCGAUUGAACAAUCGCUGUUUACUCUUUCAAAAUGAGAGAUUAAACUUUGCUCUUGCCGAGACUGUCUGCAAUGUGUUUGGGGGAAAUCUGGUUUCAAUACGAACUCAGUUAGAAAAUGAAGUUGUUCGACAUGUGAUUCUUGCUGGGGGUGGAUCUUUUCUGCGUUCUUGGAUUGGACUCCAUGACCGCAUCGAGGAUGGAAGCUUUUUAUGGACAGAUGGCUCAGAUUUUGGGUUCACGGAUUGGGCUAAUAACCGUCCAAGAGAGAAUACCAAUCAAGACUGUGCAGAGAUAAACUUUCGAGGAGAAUUCUGGAAUGAUAUCAACUGCCGUAGGCGACGACCUUUUGUCUGUGCCAUAAAUUUGACCCACUAA